GUUUCAGGAUCGGACGGAGUCAUGUCUCCACUUUACAUAAUUCUAGGCUUCAUAACUUUGUCGUUUACUGAUGCUAAGGUUCCACGGGCGCAUCGUGUGAUAAAAGGUCAUGUGGCAGGAUCUUUGAGAAAACUUCCUUGGAAAUGGAGGCACGAGAAAACGUCUUACAAAGUGAAAACUCCACUGACUGUCGGGGUAGACGUUGUUUCCAGUUUCAAAGUCAGCGCAGACUCAAUUGGUUUGGGGGGAAUAUUCAAAACAAGUAACUUCCAACAGCCUGAUUGCUCUGGUAUCAUAAAACGUCACCCGGAUCUUAAAGGUCGUAACGGAGUGUACACUAUAUACCCUGACGGCAAGACCAAGAAGCGGGUGUUCUGUGACAUGACCACUGAUGGCGGUGGAUGGACGGUUAUCCAACGACGGAAAUACGGAUCCACACGUUUUACCCGCAAGUGGAGAGACUACAAGAAAGGGUUUGGAAGAGCGAGUGCAGAUUACUGGUUAGGAAAUGAUGCAAUACAUUCUUUGACAUCACGAAAAGCACAGGAACUGCGGAUUGAUCUACAACAGUUUUCAGGCGCUAAGGCUUACGCUAAGUACUCGACGUUCAGCAUCGCGGAUGAAAAAGGAAAGUACAGGUUAAAAGUCGGAGGAUACAGUGGAACUGCGGGGGACAGUCUACAGUAUCACAACAACCGUAUCUUUCUUACAAAAGAUAGAAAUGGCCAUAACACAUGUAUCAAGGAAUACCAAGCAGGGUGGUGGUAUCAUAAUUGUUACCAUUCAUUUUUGAACGGACCAUUUCGUUCAUCUGCUGUUCACACUUAUAAAGCAAUAGUAUGGCGGAGAUGGAAAGAAAAAACAGCACUAAAAUCGGCAAAGAUGAUGAUUCGACCUCGAAAAUACUUACAAAACGUAUAUAUAGCAGACACAAACUACACAUUUAAGCAGCCUGUUUCAGGAUCGGACGGAGUCAUGUCUCCCGUUUACAUAUUUCUAGGCUUCCUAACUUUGUCGCUUACUGGUGCUGAGGUUCCACAGGCACAUCCUGUGGUAAAAGGUCAUAUGACAGGAUCUUUGAGAAAACUUCCUUGGAAAUGGAGGCACGAAAAAACGUCUUACAAAGUGAAAACUCCACUGACUGUCGGGGUAGAUGUUGUUUCCAGUUUCAAAGUCAGCGCAGACUCAGUUGGUUUGGUGGGAAUAUUCAAAACGAGUGACUUCCAUCAGCCUGAUUGCUCUGGUAUCAUAAAACGUCACCCGGAUCUUAAAGGUCGUAACGGAGUGUACACUAUAUACCCUGACGGCAAGACCAAGAAGCGGGUGUUCUGUGACAUGACCACUGAUGGCGGUGGAUGGACGGUUAUCCAACGACGGAAAUACGGAUCCACACGUUUUUUCCGCAAGUGGAGAGACUACAAGAUAGGGUUUGGAAGAGCGAGCGUGGAUUACUGGUUAGGAAAUGAUGCAAUACAUUCUUUGACAUCACGAAAAGCACAGGAACUGCGGAUUGAUCUACAACAGUUUUCAGGCGCUAAGGCUUACGCCAAGUACUCGACGUUCAGCAUCGCGGAUGAAAAAGGAAAGUACAGGUUAAAAGUCGGAGGAUACAGUGGAACUGCAGGGGACAGUCUGCAUUCUCACAACAACCAUAUCUUUGUUACAAAGGAUAGAAAUGACCGUCACAACUGUGUCAAGGCUUACCAAGGUGCGUGGUGGUCUGGAAGUUGUUACCAGUCAAAUCUGAACGGACCAUUUCGCUCAUCUGCUGUUCACACUUAUCAAGCAAUAGUAUGGCGCAAAUGGAAAGAAAAAACAGCACUAAAAUCGGUGAAGAUGAUGAUUCGACCUCAAAAAUAAUUCAUAUGUGAUUUGCAUGAAUAAAUGUUUCAGAAAUAAAUCCUGUC